AUCACUGGAAUUAUAACAAUCCCAGAGAUUUUCCAGUAAGAGCAUUGUUCUAGUUCAAAUCCCCACUGGUAGAUAAGACAACUCCCUGAAGCAAGAACAACUACACCAUGGACAGGUUCCGGAACUACCACCAUUACUACGACUGGGUCUAAUGGUGAGCCUACAAUUGUAGUUGAGACUCCAAUUCUGACCGUUACUACACCAUGGACUGGUUCCUUUACUUCCACAUAUACAAGCACUCUUUCUAAUGGGGAGAAGAAAGUAGUCGUUGAGACUCCAGAAGUCACUACUACUAUUCCUUGGACUGGUUCUUUCACCUCGACUUACACCACUACUGGUAGCAAUGGAGAGCCUAAAGUUGUUAUUGAAACACCAGGUAGUGUCUUCACUACCACCAUUCCUUGGACAGGUACUUUUACUUCGUCAUACACCACUACUGAUAAAAACGGCGAUAAGACUAUUGUGGUGGAAGUUCCAGAAGCAACCACUACUAUUCCUUGGACUGGUUCUUUCACCUCGACUUACACCACUAUAGGAAAGGAUGGUGAACCUACCGUUGUAAUUGAAGCUCCAUAUCCUACAGCCACUCAAUUCAAUUUGACCACGGUAACUAUACCAUGUGGAUGUGAAAGACCAUCAACUUAUACCACUACUGGUUCUAAUGGUCAGAAAACUGCUAUACAUGAGAUUUCCAACCAGCCAACUACCGUUGUGAUCACUUCCUCCUGCACAGGUGAAUCUGGAGAAGUGGCAGUCUCAACUAUAACUGCCAUAAUGGCUGUUCCUGAAUCUAGUGUAGCUGGGUCGGUUGGUAUAACAACACCAGAAACCUCAGAAGCUAGCAGUACUGGGGAAACAUUUCCUGAAUCUGUUACGACUUAUGAGGCAAUGGGAUCGAAGGCUUCUUUUACCUUUAUGGUAGGUAUUUCUGCUAUUUUAUGGAUACUACUUUGAGUGUUAAUAUUUUCGAAGGGUAACCAACCCCUUUUAUACGGAUUAUUUAAUUUCUUUCAUUCAAUUUUGUCUUUUCGUGUAUAUCUGGUUCACACCCCUGGUUAUACUUCAAUGUAUUUUUGAUUCCUUGAGAAUUUGCAGCAAUAGGCGAAACUGUCAGGUAUUAUGAUUAAUCUUCGCUUAUAAGGGCAAUAUCUAGGAUUUAUUUCCCCUAAACAGGCUCACCACCUGCCAUCCUUAUAUGAAGUCAGAUUUAUUUAUUGAAU